CGAUUGAGGGCGCUUUUGCGAUUAAGCGCAUUGGGGGGAUUGUGGUGGUUAAAAUCCCCUUCCAGUUCAAGAAAAAUUGGACAAAGUAGGCCUGCCAUGGUCCUUUUGUUUUUCAAUAUGACAUUUAAACUGGAUCUUGUUAAUUCGAGCAAUACGACUUUUGCAUUCGAAUACAGUAGCAGUAGAUAUCCCAGUCGGUUCACUUCACCCUAAUUCUAUUUGGAACAAUCCAAAAGUUUCCGGCAUCAUAUUCAGGUCUCAUCACAUUUGCCGUAUACCUAUGACGUAGAUGAGUCUAGGGACAAGACAGUGUUGCGCAUGAAUGAACAUGUACGUAAAGUAAACAAACUAAACCAACCAAGUACAUGUACAUCCUAAUCAAAGAUCGUAUCGUAUAGCGCCGCUUCGAUUCGAUCUUUGAUCCUAACCAACCACAAACACGACAUGCACACCGACCGCUGCACGGCAUUUGACUGCAAACGCAUGCAGCACAAUUGUCGUACCCGCAUUUUCAUGCACGAACGAACAUCUGUGUACGCCUUUUGAAAUCCCGAUGAUAGAGCGUCCUGUUUUGACUGAAAAUGUGGGUGUUCGGCUACGGAUCUUUGAUAUGGAAAGUAAACUUUCCCUUUGAACAAAAAGUAGCCGGGUAUAUCGAAGGAUACGCAAGGAGAUUUUGGCAAGGCAGCACUGAUCACCGGGGAUAUCCUGGGAAGCCUGGUCGUGUUGUGACUCUUGUUCCAGAUCCCAAGGAGACUGUAUGGGGUAUUGCGUAUAAAGUGGCAGAAGAAGAUGAGCCUAGUGUCAGAGAAUACUUAGACUUUCGGGAAAAAGGUGGCUACACACUCACCUCCGUGACCUUUCACCCACGAGACACCUACAAGCAUCAACCCUUCGAUGUCAUGAUCUACAUAGCUACUCCAGACAACAAAAACUUUCUUGGGCCGGCGUCCAUGGAAGUUAUAGCCCAACAGAUCUUCCUGUCAGUCGGACCAAGCGGGAAAAACAUAGAGUAUCUCCUGAACCUAGCUGAGGCCGUUAGGUCUCUGCUACCAGAGGCCGCGGACCAACACUUGUUCGAAUUGGAGAAGCUGGUCAGGCUACUAACUGAGGGGCAAACUCUGGAGAAAAAUGGAUUGUAGUGACAAAUUACUGAUCCAUUACCUAUCCUGAUCUGGGUUCAAAGAGUUUAGUCUAUCGGGUUUUAAUCAUUUUUUUGGACACAUAUAAUACUCUAAAAGGAGUAUUUGGAGUCAGUACAAAUACAUGUAAGGAAAAAAAAGGUGUUUUAUUUUCAGACCCUUGCAGUAUUUCUUCAGGUGCUAUAAUAAUUAUUAUUUAAUGUGUUGCAGAUUCUAUUUGUGAUAAAUGUAUUGAUACAUUCACAGUUCAAUGGAGUACUCAAAUUAAGAUCUAAUUAUUCAGUUUUAGGUUGGCGUAUGUACAUGCAUUUUAAAUUAACAGCUGGUAAAGAGAUUUGACUCAGCUUAAUAACAGGUUGACUCUACAGCUAAUUAAGGGUAAUAUACACAGGUGCAGGCUAUUUAUUCAUUGAAGUGACCUUUUAUUUGUAAGGGAAGAAAUUGCAUACGUGUGCUUGGCUAUUCCUAAACGUUUUUUAAGAUCGGUCAAGCACAAUGAUUUCCAUUCAUAAAUACCUAGAGUUUUAAAGUCAAAAUGAGUUUUAAAAAUUAUUAAUUAUACUAGUGUCCUGGGGUUUUUUUUUCAAACAUUCCUCUUGCCAUGUUACGUUAUUUUCUCUCACAAGUAGUCAUAAGCGAUGUCCUUAUACGUUGAUUGGCAUGGACAUGAUACAUAUUGCGUGAGGCAAGGUUUCCCCUGUCACCUGUGAGGUGGCCUAUCUCACUGAUUUUAGUGACUACCUCAGGCUUUUCUGUUGAAUGUUACCACCUUAUGUUUGAAAUAGACAAAGACAGAAGGAAAAAGCAAAAUUAUCGAGAUAUUUUGAAAUAGGUUAGUUUCAAAUUGUUCAGAACGGUAAACUGGGAGACAGAAUACAAGAUUCCAAAGGGGAAAUUUCGAGUAAAUGUACUAUUAAAUAAUAAUAUAUAGAACUUAUUCUAGGCCUAUUUGAAAACACCUGCCUUUGUUUUAGGUGCUAGUAUUUUGGCAAAAUUAUUUGACCACCUCAAAGCAGAUCAGUACCCAAAGGGAAAUCCCUGGCAUGAGGUAGCACACAGCCAGCUAGAGCUUUGUCAUCUGUUGAAGACCAGCCAUGUGAUGGGCUUUUGAAAUGGCUGAACUGUCUGAGGUAUUUAUGUAUGCAAUAUAAAUUUUAAUUUUUUUUAGUUCCCAUCAGCUGCUGCAUAGCAUUAUGAGUUGUGUAUAAAAAAAAUAGCUCUGAAUACCCUUUGUCCAGGCAAAAGGCUUUAUUUUACAUGUAUUUCACAAAUUAGAUCAAAUAUCAGAUUUGUUGUGCAAACAAAUAUGUUUUCAAUUAUAUGAGUAACCAAAGUGCUUAAAAACUGUUUUAAGUUCCAAGCAAUGCAGUGUAUUAUUGGGAUAUUGGGUACUCAGCUUGCCUUGCCUGCAUGUUGAUUACAUCACCCAGGUGGUAUUCAGACAAUCCUUGGUCGUUAUCACUUUAAUAAUGAUGGUGCUUUUGUCCAACAUUGGUCUGAAAUCUGUGGUUUCCAUACAGUACCAGUAGGUGUAAGCUUUGUUCUUUGGACUUUGAAAUACACUUCAUUGUGGAAAAAAGCCCACAGGAUUGAAGUGAACUAGUCUACAUGUUUGUCAAAAUGAUCAGUUGACCCCAACAGUCCCCUAUCCUGCAAGUUGGAUGCGCUGUAGUGGAUAUUGAUCCAUCAAAACAAAAAAAGAUCGAUCAACAACUAAUCAAUAACAACAGGUCUGCGUAAGCCAAAGAUCACUGUGAACAAACCUGGAAAUGUUUGAAGUUUGAUCAAAAACCCACUUUUUAUAGUUAUUGUUGAUGUACUUUCUCGAUAGUCUUUUGCCAACUCUUUUGAGAUUGUAUUCCUGGUUCUGUAAUCUUAAUGUGUGUUUGCAUUGUACAUGUAAAAAAAAUGGUUUAGGUAUACAAUAAUGAUACUGACAGUCAGUUCUUAUAUAGCGCAUAUUACGGAAAUAUCUGUAUGCGUUUAUUAUCAUUACCCCCGAAAAAUAUACCACUGUAUGUUUGAUAAAUUAUAUGUGGCAAUAAAAUUCAAAUGGAGACAAUCUUUGAA